AUUACUGGCUGGGUGCUACCCUGAGGCACCAGGAUGUUGGCCCUGCUGGCUGGGAGUUGUAGUCUGGCUGCCCUGCUUGCCUCACUCUUUCAUUAUCUGUCCUUCGCUUUUUUUUCCUUUAACCUUCUGCUUUUCCCAGAACUGCCACUUUCCCACAAGAACCCUUUAACCUUGCUGUGACCUCUCUCAUAUCAGUAGAAGUGCCCUCCUGCCUUUUCCCUCCAUUUUCUUUCCUCCACUCCUAAUGCGACCACAUUCACUCCUUUCCCCCAAAUCCCUCUCACCUCCCCCAGAUCACUCUCCCUUUCUCUGUUUAUUUAUCCUACUCCCACGCCUAUUCUUCUGCCUCUUUCUUUCCCUCCUCCUUGGUGUCUCCUUCUGCUAUCUCUCUCCCUCCUCCCUACCUCCAGGGACUCUCCUCUCCUCCCAUUCUCCUCCCUCUCUCUCCCUCUCUUGAGGGCCGGGAUUAAAUCCCUUGAUGAUAUCAGUCUGAGCAUUUGAAAAGAAAGAAAACUUUCCACAACAGGCAGUGCACCCUGGAGAGGGGACCUCAAGGACAGGAGAGCCUUAAAGCUACAUAAAUGCAAGGGGGGUGGCAGAGACAUUGAGCUAAGGAGCCGCUCCUGAGAGGAGAGUGUUUUGUUUGGGGGGGGGGAGAGAAAAAAGUGCUUUAUUUGUCAGUAAAUGGCAGGAGUUGGACAGCUGCGUCGGCUCUGAACUGACAGAUUUAAGAGGGAAAGGGGCGAGUCGCUGAAAAAGUUAAGAAAUAGAGAGUCGAGCAGGAACAGCGCUUCAGAGGGAGCAAAUCUUUUUGUAAAAACUUGGGAGCGUGUCAGCGAAAGCCAGGUCAGAAAUCAGAGGCUCAGAAGAUCAUUAAUAAUCCCAAUUAAUUAGCUUUACUGAAUUGCUGAAAUGGAGGACCAGUUGUUGCCAGGGGGCCAUUGUUGCCCCUAUUGCCUUUACUUGAUUUAGAAGAGAACGUUUGAGUUUCCUCCCCUGGAUUUGCCCCCUGCAAGCAGAGCAAUGCCCCUCUGGCACCGUCAGCCCGCACUCAAUGGAUAUUCAUUCCAGGAUUAUCAUGGCGCAUGAUGCUGAUUCCAGGAUUAUCCCAGGACUGACAGGUUUUAUCUGCGAGACUCUCCCAGGAUUUACUCACUGAUACUGGGAUUAUGGUAACCAUGUAACACAAACUCAUUCUGGCUGUGCAGGGAUUACUCGGGGGGAUUUCGCACAUUUACACCAGGAUUGUCCUGGGCAGAAUCACUUUCUAAGAUAAAGCCAUUCAGUGUUCGACUGUGGCACCUCACGUGAACUGGUAUUACCCGAAGCUGAUGCAGGAUAGAAAUACCCAUUCCUGGGGAAACGUCAAUUGGAAAUAUCCAAAUAUUUAUUUAUCUGGCCCUUUACUCCUUCUGCCAUCUCUGCCAUUCUACUCAUUCAUUGUUGCUGUCCUUCAACUCUCUGAGUAACUCUGUUUCUCAACAUACUCACUGUCUCUGUCCUUCUAUUCUAUUAAUAUCUCUGUUACUCUGUUAACUGAUUAUCUUUGACCCUCUACCCAUUUGGUAUAUCUGUUCUAUAACUGGCUCACUGUCUCUGUCCUUCCAUUUAAUCAAUAUCUCUGUUACCUUGCUUACUCAAUAUCUUUAACCUUCUUCACACUCAGUAUCUCUGUUCCUGAAUUACUCACUGUCUCUGUCUGACUAUUAAAUCAAUAUCUCUUACACUUCUCAUUCAUUAUCAUUGACCCACCACUAAUUCAUAAUUGCUGUCCAUCUACUGGCUCUCUUUUACUUCGCUCACUCCAUAAAUAACUUCCUUCUCUUUAUCUCACAUUAUCAGUCUCUUCUUCCCUUAACCCUGUUUCUUUACUCCCUAUCUCUGUAGCCCUCCUCAUUCACUAUCUCUGUACUCACAGAAUAUCUCUGUAGCUCUCCUCACUCUCUGUCUCUGUACUCACACAAUAUCUUUGUAGCUCUCCUCACUCACUACACUAUCUGUCUUUGUACUCACACAAUAUCUCUGUAGCGCUCCUCACUCACUGUCUCUGUACUCACACAUUAUCUCUGUAGCUCUUCUCACUCACUCAGUUAAACCAUUCUUCUGCCUUCUCUCAUUAUGUUGUCUCUUCACUUGUCGCUUGAGUCACUCUGUACCUAACUGUGUACCCUCCUCAUCUCCUAUGCAAUAUUCUUCAUUUCUUCAUACAUCUCUUCUACUAGACAUUUCCUAUUCAUCUCUUUUCUUUUGCUUACUCUCUGGCUAAUUUUAUUUCCCUAUCUUCUUUCAUUCAUUCCCUAUCUCAUCUCCUCUGCUAACUCUCUGUGCAUCAUACUCACUCUUUAUGUCACUUUGUGCCUCUGCUCUCUCGUGGGACCUUACCUUCUUCCUACCUUGCUUCCAAAAUCCUUUUCCUUUAUAAUUAGACCAAAUUUAUUUGUGGCUCCCUUCCUUUCCCUGCCUCGUGGUUCAUUACUCUAGUUCUUCCCCAUCUUUAUCGUUUCUACUUUGUUAAACUGGAAUGGUGCUAUUCAAACUGUCAUCGCUGCAUCUAAGUCCCAUGUCCCCCUGAGACUGUGACAAUCAGCACAGAUGUCAGAUGAGGAGCAGCCCCCUGGGCCAAAGACUCGCCGUGCAAUGGGAAAGGAGAUCACUAUGAAUCCUUCGCAGGAAUGGGGAGAAGAAGUGGAAGAUGGGGCAGUGUAUGGAGUGACUCUGCGGAGAGUGAGGACGGAAGCCCCUACAGGUGACACCCUGGCUGUCCCCAUGUCUCCUGGCUAUGUGCAUUAUAAAACCUGCAAGGUCCGAGCUCUCAGGGCUGGAACACUGCAAAAGCUGGUGGAGAACCUGGUUGUGGAGUAUCAGGGAACCGAUCCAACGUAUGUGCCCACCUUUCUGAGCACCUAUCGUGCCUUCGCCGCCCCUGAAAGGGUCCUGGAGCUGCUCUUAGACAGGCGCCUGGAAAGAACCAGUGAAGAGGAGCAUGUUACACCGGGGAGCCCUGUCCCAGAUACCCCAUCUGUGCAGAGAGUGGUGCGCUGUCUGCUUCAGUCCUGGUUAGAGAAACACCCCCAAGAUUUCCGGGAUGCUCCUGACUGCCUGCAACUCAUUUCCAAUUACCUGAGCUGUGACAAACGGGAGCCCCCCAGCCCUCUCCUCCGCCUUCUGCAAAGUCUACAAGAGGAGAUGGAAGAAAGCCCCACACCUAUGGGGAGCAAAGUGAAUCUCCAACCAGUAGAGGGAGACACCGAGACCCCUGGACCUACCAUAGACUUACUGUCGUUCCCACCCCAGGAUGUGGCUGAACAGCUUACACUUAUAGAUGUGGAUCUCUUUCAGAAGCUGCAGUCUUGCCAUUGCCUUGGGAGCAUUUGGUCUCAGCGAGACAAGAAGGAGAAUAGGAAUGUUGCACCCAGUGUUAGGGCCACUGUGGCCCAGUUUAAUGCCGUGACAGCAUGUGUGAUAGCAUCUGUACUGAGUGACGUCCAGCUGAAACCUCAGCAGAGAGCCAAGGUGCUGGAGAAAUGGAUAUGUAUAGCACAGCACUGUCGUUUCCUGCGCAACUUCUCCUCUCUCAGAGCCAUUUUGUCUGCUCUGCAAUCCAACCCACUCUAUAGACUGAAGAGGACGUGGGCGGCGGUGAGCAGGGAUAAUCUGAAUAUCUUCCAUAAACUGUCCGACAUCUUCUCGGAUGAAAACAACCAUGGAAUGAGCCGGGAAAUCCUAACCAAGGAGGAAAUCCCUCUCCGUCGAACAAACAGCGCUAGGAACGAGCCACGCCCCUUACAGAGGUCGGCAUCACAAGUCCGCAGCACAAGAGUGCUGCAGGGCACCGUCCCCUACCUGGGCACCUUUCUAACCGACCUCAUCAUGUUGGACACAGCACUGCCAGACUGUACUGAGGGUGGGUUGAUAAACUUCGAGAAGAGAAGGAAGGAAUAUGAGGUUCUGGCCAAAAUACAGAAGCUACAGCUUACGUGCCGCCAUUAUGUCCUGACUGCUAAACCAGAAAUCCUCCGAGCGUUUUACUCACAGAGGCAGCUAACCGAGGACCAGAGUUACAGAAUCUCACGCACCAUCGAGCCGCCGGCCGACUCCUGCCCCAACUCUCCCCGAAUUCGCAGGAAAUUAACAAAGCGUUUCAGCUCUUUGCUGCUGGGAUCAGAAGUAUUUGGUCCCAAGCUAAAUGGCGAUCGUGUGUCUCCUUCAGGAUCCUGCAACAGUUGUGAGACAGAUGAUGGUCUGAUCUCAGCACUUUGCCCUAAUGAGUCCUCCACACAGAAGAACAUGCAAGAGCCUGGCACACCACCCACCACACCUCGGCAUGAUGACCAAUUUCGUUUUGCCCCUCGCUCUCCCGUCUCCCCUUCCAGCACCCAGCCUUUGUACAACCAACAGAUAGCUGAUCUCUGUAUUAUACGUGUCAGCAUGGAGAACACCCAUGGAAACAUGUAUAAGAGCAUACUGCUCACUAGCCAGGACAAGUCCCGUGCUGUUAUAGAGAGGUCACUACAUAAGCACAACAUAGAGUCUUGUCAACCUGAUGAAUUCCAGCUCGUACAGUUACUUUCUGAGGGGAAAGAACUUACCAUUCCUGACUCAGCCAACGUUUACUACGCUAUGAACACGUCGGCCAAUUUUGACUUUGUGCUGAGACAGAAAGCGAGAGAAAGCUGAAGCUGACUGGGCCCCGCAAGGCUCCUCCCCUAAGACAAUAUCCAAUGGAGAGGCAUCAGACUGAUGGUUGGAAGCAAAUAAACAAAACCGGAAUGCAAAGCCUAUCUGAACAAUCCGUUCUGGGACACAGUGACACAGUGCACCCAUAUUACGGGCGUGUUUAUAUAUAUAUACUGUAUACAGAAAGGCUCACCUUAGGAUGCCGUAACAGGACAGUAUAUGAGUGGCUACCAACAGCAAUACAAAUGGAGUCACAGGACAAGUACAGUGAUGCAUCACAGGGCCACAGUAGAAGGCCCCACCAGAAAAAGACCAACCCACUCUCUCCAAAAAUGCAGAGUGGCGCAGCAGGGUUGGUGGUUUCCAUGUCCUGCCAUUAUCAUGACCAUAUCAGCUUCAACUGGGCAUGCUCCUUAUUGGACGUUGCUAGCCUAGGCCUAGGGCAGCAAAUCAAAUGGCCAAACAUGGCAGCCACCAACCCUGCUGCUCUUUAAUAAUGAUCUGCCUAGUAGAGGUAAGUCUAACUACACUGAGUAAUCUUGGAAAGGUUCACCACUCAUCUUUAUCUCAGCCCUAGGGACUUUCCAGGUAUUAGGGCUAUGGUAGAGCAGUACUGAGUAGCGGUGUGUAGGAGAAGUGCCCGUGCUAUGAUGCAUUUCCCGUUCGGGUGAUUGGGAGAUGAUAAUGGCGGUUAUUGGUAUUUCUAUGGCAACUGAAAUAGACUGGCCGCCUGUGUGCUAUCGUCAUGAUCCAAUCGUAAACAUUUGCUGAGCAACAGAGCACAGACUCCUCCUCUUUCAGGUAGAACCACUAAUUUGGGUAUUUCUAAAAAAUGGGCACAACGUUUACUAUAGGCCUAGUAACCCAUAGCAACCGAUAAGUAAGUAUCAUAUACUGGGACUUGUUUGAAAAGCGAGGAGUCCCCCUGUCCGGUUCUUUGGGUUAUUGGUGGGGUGGGGCGGGGCACCAGAGAUAUUAGAUAUAGAUAUAUAUAAGUGUAUAUAGUUAUUAAUGCACAUUGACUGUAUUAUAUGGUGCUCUGUACAGGCCAACAAACAGCUGGAUUUGUAGGCUCUGAUGCCUUUAAAUGGACCAAAAUUCUGCUUUAGGGCAUUGGGACACAUUGCAGUUCUGGGCGUCGACAUUGUGGACGGUCAAGAAACACUUGUAAUGGAUCCAUGGUCAGCUGACACUGGAGGGCACCAAUCAUUGCAGGCUGAAUCGAUACGUGGACCGGUGCAACUAAAGGGGAACAUUGACUUUAACAUAAAUGAUCCUAUUCAUAUGACAUAGAGGUAGUAAUGGUUUCCCAUUUCUAAUACAAACACAUUUGUAUUGGAAAAUCCCACUGGUGCCACCUUAAGGGCCCACUAAAAGCAAUAGGCUGGGCAGGGCUUUGUUUAAAAAAAGUAUACAAGAUGGCUGAACACAGCAGCGAUAAUGGUAAACUCACUGCAAUAAAACACAGAUUCUACAAGAUUUCUAAAUGCCCUUGCUGAGCAUACCCUACAAAAGGAUCAACCUAUUGGGGCAAGUUUAUUAACACGGGUGCUCAACUGCUGUUGCCUAUAGCAACCAAUCCGACUGUUACUUUCAUUUUCUUACUUGUGUGGGCAGUUUUUGGUUGCUAUGGGUAACGGCACUGGUGCCAUGUUGCAAUCAUGGUAGUAAAUAAGCCCCACUGUCUUCAAAGCUGCCUAAUCUCUAUUUUUUGGACUGACAUGGUAUUUGCAUCUGCAGAGAUGGACCAAAUGGUUUGGGGACUCUGGGAAAUUGUAGCAUCAGGAGAGCCCCAGGCAGUUCCUCUUGGACCUACUGCGCCCAUUGUUCUGUCUGAGACCAAGUAGCCUCAAACCACUUCUUCCUGACAAUAUGACUUGAUGGCCAAACAAAUGUGACCACUAAUAAAUCAUAAAAUAAAAGCACUUUAAUAAUAAAAACGUUGUU